CGCGCUGGGGCAGCGCACUGGACUAGGAAGACAGCGGCUCCGCAAGUGCAAGUCCGGAUCCCGGAGCCGGCCACCCAGCGGCCCGGCCCACGCCCACAACCCAGCGACCCUCUGAGGCAGCCCAGCGCCUCGGGGAAGGGCAGGCGUUGGAGGGUCCAGGACAGCGUCUCUGAUCUCCCCGUGGAUGUGGGCCGAGCACUAGACUUACUGUCUGCACCUCCUUCACCCACUCCACCUGCAGCCUCACCAUGGCAACCCAGAGUGCAAACACGAGUCUGCCACCUAACUUGAAUCCACCCCAAGACCAUGCAUCCUCCCUCCCAUUCAACUUCAGUUAUGGGGAUUAUGAUGUCCCCAUGGAUGAGGAGGAGGACAUAACCAAGACCUGGACCUUCUUCGCAGCCAAGAUUGUCAUCGGUGUGGCCCUGGCGGGUAUCAUGCUGGUCUGCGGCAUUGGCAACUUUGUCUUUAUCGCUGCCCUUGCCCGCUAUAAGAAGCUGCGCAACCUCACCAACCUGCUCAUUGCCAACCUGGCCAUCUCGGACUUCCUGGUGGCCAUCGUCUGCUGCCCCUUCGAGAUGGAAUACUACGUGGUGCGCCAGCUCUCCUGGGAGCACGGUCACGCGCUCUGUGCCUCCGUCAACUACCUGCGCACCGUCUCCCUCUACGUCUCCACCAACGCCCUGUUGGCCAUCGCCAUCGACAGGUAUCUUGCCAUUGUUCACCCCUUGAAACCACGGAUGAAUUACCAAACGGCGUCCUUCCUGAUUGCUUUGGUCUGGGUGGUGUCUAUCCUCAUCGCCAUCCCAUCAGCCUACUUUGCUACAGAAACUGUCCUCUUCAUUUUCAAAAGUCAGGAGAAGAUCUUCUGUGGCCAGAUCUGGCCAGUGGACCAGCAGCUCUACUACAAGUCUUACUUCCUCUUCAUCUUUGGCAUCGAGUUCGUGGGCCCAGUGCUCACCAUGACCCUGUGCUAUGCCAGGAUCUCCCGGGAGCUCUGGUUCAAGGCGGUCCCUGGGUUCCAGACGGAACAGAUCCGCAAGCGGCUGCGCUGCCGCCGGAAGACGGUCCUGGUGCUCAUGUGCAUCCUCAUGGCCUACGUGCUGUGCUGGGCACCCUUCUAUGGCUUCACCAUCGUGCGCGACUUCUUCCCCACUGUGUUCGUGAAGGAGAAGCACUAUCUCACCGCCUUCUACGUGGUGGAGUGCAUCGCCAUGAGCAACAGCAUGAUCAACACCGUGUGCUUCGUGACCGUCAAGAACAACACCAUGAAGUACUUCAAGAAGAUGAUGCUGCUCCACUGGCGGCCCUCCCAGCAUGGGAGCAAGUCCAGCGCCGACCUCGACCUCAAAACCAGUGGUGUGCCCGCCACCGAAGAGGUGGACUGUAUAAGGCUGAAGUGACUCCCUGGUGUGUCAUGAGUGAAAACCCAAAUCCAGUUCUCCUCCAUCGGUCAGGGUCAUGAGCUGUGUGGGGGAAGGACAGCUAUGUGCAGGCCUGCCUGUCCUCGAGGAGCUGGACAUUUCUAAGUAGUGACAUGCAAUAGGACCAGACACAAACCAUAGCAGCUGACAUUACUGAUACCUGCUCAGUACCUAUUGCGUGUACAAUAGUGACGUGGAGACCAGACACCAGAUAGCAGCAGCCGACAUUGACUGAGCAUCCAUUGUGUGCAAACCACACCAAUGAGAUUAAAUGAGGACCAUAGGAACUAACAUUUACUGGUUACCUACUGUGUGCACAAACAUUUUAAAACAAAACAAAAUGGCAGGAGUUUUUGGAGGCACUAACCUAUAUCCAGAAAUAUAGAUGAUUGGGCAGAGGCCACCACAAAUCGUCAUCUGGACUCACCUUUCAUUUUCCCUCAUUGUGUGUCUCGUCAGUGCAAGAAUGUCAAAAAAAACUACAGAAUAUGGCAGUUAGGAUGGAAAUGUAAAGGUAAGUUUGUCAACUUCAUGAGAAGAGGGUUUAUACCAUCACAUUGAGCUUCCCCACCUCUCUCUAACUACCUCCUGGGACAUUAUCUUGGAUUCUGAUUGCCAGAAAAGAUUUGCAACGUACUAACCUGUUGUAAUUAUUUACAAUGCUGUGAUUUCAAAGGAAAGAACCACCAACAUCUCUCCCAUCAAUGUUUGAAACCUCAUCAUUUUAUUGAGUGAAGACAGGUCAUCUUGAGACAAGAAACACAUUCAGUUCCUAACACCUCAAUACAAAAGACUUCAGGGGUUCUUGGAUGAGGAAGAGGAUAGAGAAAGAGGUGGAGGUUGCCACUGGCAAUAAACAUGAACUAUGUAACUGUUUUGCCAAGACCUGGAUCUCUUCUCUAAAACACAUCUUCUUUUAGAAGAGGAGCUCAAGUUGAAAUCCAAAGACUUGGGUUCAAGUCCUGACUCUACAACUUGUGUGACCUGGAUGUUCCCUCACUCCCAGUUUGGCUUUAAUGAACUGGGGAUGAUGACAAUUCCUAGUCUAUCUGCCUUAUGGGACAUUGGACGAAUCCAGCUGAGGUCAUGGCUUGUGAACGUGCUUGUGCACCGUACACAUAAAUAAAGAUACGUGAUAGUGAGCAGUUGGUUUGAAGGGACUUUGGAAACCCCAUCCACUGUGGUUUAUUUUGAAGAAACACUCCCAUUUUUUUCAUUUCUGUUCUUUGGACCAGAAACCCCUGAAUUUUCACAGUGUAGCCUGUCUACACUGGGUAUAAAGGAAUUCCUGUUCCUGGUUAUAAUCAGAAAACUCUAACUUCAGAGUGUUAGUGACUCUUAAACCCUCAGCAGCCUUGUGGUCUUAGAACUGCUGACCGUCUUCCCUGUGUGUUGCCCAGGA